UCUUGUGGAAUGGAUUGUCGUGUUACUGGUGUUUUGAGUGCAGUGUAGUGAGAGUGUCAAGUGUCAUGUGGCAGGGAUGGGGGCCUCCGCCCCCCAUGCUAUAACGUGGUCGCCCACUGUGUCUUGCGAAGGUGUAGCCGCUACAGACGCGGCUCUACAGUGAAUUGUGGAGUGUGACAUGGCCAUCGCCGUGGGAGGUGAAGAAAGUGUUGGCGAGGGCGGCGUGUGGGCGUCCGGGGCCCGCCCGCAUGAAGACUUGUGUACUAGAACUAGCUGGGCAGACGCCCGCACCGCCCUCGCCCAUAUUAACAAGGGUCGGGCGACCGGCAGCCGGGCGGCACUAUGGGUACGGACCAAGUUACAGUGGCAGCUCAUGCAGCUUGGGGUGUUCGCUCAAAGACACGCCGGCAAGGUGCUCUUCGUGGCCCUCCUCGUCCUCGCCACCUUCUGCGUCGGCCUCAAGAGCGCGACGCUGCUCACCGACGUCCAGAGAUUAUGGGUUGAAGAGGGAGGCCGUUUGGAGAAGGAGCUGGAGUACGUGGAGAAGAGCCUGGGCGAGGGCGCAGGCACUACCAAGCAGAUCCUUAUCCUCACGCCCAAGGACCAGGGUGCCAACAUCCUGCAUCCCCGGGCACUCCUCGCCCACGCGGCCGUGCUCCGUGCGGCGACCUCCGUCAAGAUAGAAAUGUUCGACAUAUCAUGGAGUCUGAAAGACCUCUGCUUCGCCCCGAGUCUACCCGAGGUGGAAGAUUAUAUGAUAGAGCAGAUCUUCGAGAAGAUCACCCCCUGCGCUAUCAUCACGCCCCUGGACUGCUUCUGGGAGGGCUCGAAGCUCCUGGGACCUGAGAACCCAGUCAACCUACCAGUGCUGGGCCCUGACAUCAGAUGGACGAACCUCAACCCGCAGAAGAUCGUCAACAGAAUCAGGGAAAUCGAGAGUUACGAGGGAUACGAACAUGGCUUCUCUCUCUCCUACUUCGCUGACUUCAUGAAACGGGCUGGGAUCACAACGGCUUACCAAGAGAAGCCCUGUCUCGACCCGACCGACCCCGAGUGUCCGGAAACUGCCCCCAACAAGCACUCCAAACAGGUGCCUGACGUAGGCGCUGAGCUGACGGGCGGGUGCUACGGAUAUGCCGGGAAGUUCAUGCACUGGCCGGAGGACCUGAUCGUGGGCGGGACGCAGACCAACAAGACGGGACACAUCGUCAGAGCGGAGGCCCUGCAGAGCAUGGUGCAGCUGAUGGGCUCCAAGAACCUUUACGAGUAUUACGACCAGCACUACCGCGUCCACCACGUCGACUGGUCACAGGAGAAGGCGAAUCAGUUGCUCGAGGCCUGGCAGCAGAAGUUCACGCAGGAGGUGCUGGCGGAGACGGAGCGCCUUCAGAAUGAAACUCGCCGCUACAACAUGCUGCCCUUCUCCAGCGCCACCCUCGGCUAUCUCCUCAGGGACUUCUCCGAGGUGCCCGCCUUCAGGGUCGCCCUCGGUUACAUAUUCAUGGUGAUCUACGCGUGCCUGUCGCUCGCGAAACUGUCGGAUUCGGUGAGAUCGGCGGCGGGGCUCGGCCUCGCGGGGGUCCUCCUGGUCGCCAUCACCGUCGCCGCCGGCCUCGGGCUGUGCGCCUUGCUCGGGCUGCCCUUCAACGCCUCCACGACGCAGGUGCUGCCCUUCCUGGCGCUGGGCCUCGGCGUCGACGACAUGUUCCUCAUGGCGCACACCUUCGCCGAGACCGCCGACAACACGCUCAUCCCUUACCAGGACCGCGUUGGCGAGGUGCUCAAGCGUGCCGGCGUAUCGGUGGUGCUGACGUCCGUCUGCAACGCAUGCGCCUUUUUCGCGGGCGCCCUCGUGCCUGUGCCCGCCCUCAGAGCCUUCUGCAUGCAGGCGGCGCUGCUGGUGCUGGUCAACCUGGUGGCUGCCCUCACCGUGUUCCCCGCCGUCAUGAGCCUGGAUCUACGGCGGCGCCACGCCCAGCGCGCGGACCUCCUGUGCUGCCUCCCGGGCUGGAACCGCGACCAGGUCGUAUCCCUGCAGCCGGCGUCGUCCUCCAGCGUCGCGGCGGAGGAAGGGCGCUGUUGGACGCGCCCCCACCGCCCGCCUCCCGUCAGCAGCGAACUCACCAAAAAGAACACGGUGACGCGGGCGCUUCCUCCCCCGGGCGGCGGCACCGUCACGCAGGUGGUUAUGCCGCCCGUCGCGCCCAGAGAGUGCUGGGCGAGCACCGCCACGCCCACGGACCCUCACGCCCCUUCCGCCCCCUCCCUCGAAUCCCUGGCCACGACGAAUUCCACGCGGGACCUUGUGAGCGGGGAGAAGCGGUUCUCGGGCGUCUCGCGGGCGUGGACGUCGGUGCUGAACUUCUGGUCUGGCUGGAACCUGGACAAGUGGGCGGCGGAGGUGUACGGGCCGGCGGUGACGCGCGGGCCGGUGAAGGCGGCGGCGAUGGUGGCGCUGCUGGCCUCGGUGGCGGCGGCGGCGUGGGGCGUGAGUCGCGUGCAGGACGGCCUGGACCUGACGGACAUCGUCCCCAGCGACACGCCCGAGUACGCCUUCCUGGCAGCCCAGCAACGCUACUUCGGCUUCUACAACAUGUUCGCCGUGACGCAAGGCAACUUCGAGUACCCGACCAAGCAGCGGCUCCUGCACGACUACUACGAGGCCUUCACGCGCGUCAACCACAUCAUUAAGAACGACGACGGAGGGCUGCCCGAGUUCUGGCUGUCGCUCUUCAGGGACUGGCUCGUCGGACUCCAGCAGGCCUUCGACAGGGACUGGCGGACCGGCUGCAUCACCCAGGAGCACUGGCACAAGAACGCCUCGGACGACGGGAUCCUCGCCUACAAGCUGCUCGUCCAGACCGGCCACGUCGACAACCCCAUCGACCUUUCGCUCGUCUCCCAUACGCGGCUGGUGGACUCGGAGGGCAUCAUUAACCCGAAGGCCUUCUAUAACUACCUGACGGCGUGGAAGAGUAACGACGCCCUGGCUUAUGGCGCCUCUCAGGCCGACCUGCGCCCGGAACCCCGCCAUUGGCUCCAUGAUGUUCACGACAUCGAUCUGAAGAUCCCGAAGUCGCCGCCGCUGGUGUACACGCAGCUGCCGUUCUACCUGCACCAGCUGGGCGACACCAACGCCAUCACCGCCAUGAUUCACGAGGUGCGCGCCAUCUGUAGGAAGUUUGAGGAGCGCGGCCUGCCAAACUUCCCCACGGGCGUCCCCUUCACCUUCUGGGAACAGUAUAUUAAGCUCAGGUUUUAUCUAGUGCUGGCGCUGCUGGCGGUGCUGACGGCGGUGUUCCUGGUGCUGGCGGUGGUACUGAUGAACCUGUGGGCGGCGGCGCUGGUGGUGCUGCUCCUGGCCACGCUCGUGCUGCAGCUGUUCGGCGUGCUGGGCAUCUUGGGCGUGAAGCUGUCUGCCGUGCCCGCCGUGCUGCUGAUCGUCAGCGUGGGCGUGGGCGUGGAGUUCUGCGUGCAUGUGACGGUGGGAUUCCUGACGGCGGUGGGCGGGCGGGACCGGCGGGUGGUGCUGGCGCUGCAGCACAUGGCGUCGCCCGUGCUGCACGGCGCCGCCUCCACGCUGCUCUCGUCGCUCAUGCUGCUCUUCUCCGAGUUCGAGUUCAUUCGGCGAUACUUCUUUUACGUGCUUCUGGCGCUGACGGUGCUGGGCGUGAUAGAUGGGCUGCUGUUCCUGCCAGUGCUACUGUCUCUGGUAGGUCCUCCUGCCGAAGUGGUGCCGCGGAACCACCCUGACCGCCUGCCCACGCCUUCGCCUCCUCCGUCCCCACAGCCGGCCCACUCCCACUCCCACAGCGGCUCCUCCAGACGUAGCGGGCGAAGCGGCGGAGGAAGCCGCAGCUCGCGGAGGUCCGGCGGCGGCGGCGGCGGCUCGCUGUACCCGCGGCUGCACGGCGGCUCCAACCUCUCGCUCACCACCAUCACGGAGGAGCCUUCGUCAGCCAGGUCCUCGCAGUCGCUGCGUUCGUCUCAUGAAAUCGUCGUGGAGCCACAGGUGGUUGUCGAAACGACCACGACGCCCGCGCACGCAACUGGCUCCGGCGAGGCGCACCACGACCACCACGUCACCACCAAAGUCACCGCCACAGCCAAGGUCAAGGUGGAGCUCCACACGCCACUGCCGGGUUCAGUGGAACCCACCUACCGCAGCAGCAGCAGUAGCACCAGACGCAGCAGUCGACGGAGUAGUAGUAGCAGCAGCAGUAGUUACGGCGGAGGCGCUGGCGUCGGCAGCCAUGGUUCGGGUUCGCUCAACGGCAGUAACUCGUCCUCUUCCUCCUCCACUCCCUCCUCCUCUUCCUCCGGCAGUGGCACGGGGGCCUCCUCCUCCAGGGGAUCCUCGGACAUGGAGGACGAAUCUUCGCCCAAGUGAGGUUCGCCUCUGCCUCUUCCGAAAUGGUGCUAGCGGGGCCUCCGUCGGGAAGCCGAAGCCAAAAUCAAACAAGCCGAACCGAACUCAGUUACUCCACUCGUCAAAGAAUCUUUUGUCCCUUGCCAGCGCCUUCUUGUGAGACGUGAUCUUCAAAGAAAAGCUCCAGUGACCGAAGAGUAUAAGACGUACAGACGCACCGGAUCAAGAGUUGAACCUCCCUCCCCCUCCUUCCCUCUGCUCCCCCUCCCCCGUCCGUUUCGUCCCCCGGGUCUCGGUUUAAGGAAGAAAAUAAACCUUACGAGUCGUACAGACCUACAUCAAAAGCUCCACCUACAGUUGCCAGUACACCUUCACCUCAGGGCGUCCGCAGACUCCUCACAGAUGAUUUCAAGACGUCUACCCCCUGCCCCCUCCCCCGUAAUCCCCCGCCUCCUGCAAGAAAGCUGAAAUUGGAAACUUUGAGGCAAACGCUGGUUCCUUCCGGGAUGUCUCAGAACCCCAAACCCCAAGUCCCACUCUCUCAAACCUUCACAUCUACCUCUUUGUCCCUCCAAUUAUUAUUUUUUCUCUUGGAGUUACAAUGUUUCCUGGAAAAAAAGAGAAUUGCAUUAUAUGUCAUUUAGAGGAUCCUCAUGCCAUUCUCAGAGAGUGUAAACAAAGCAUAUAAACAAACAAAAAUAAGUUCUUUAAAUAUUUUUUAGAUAGUGAAAAAGUAUACAAUAGUGCUUGAGACUAUGUAAGUCACGUCCUUAGCGUGAGGCACCAUAGAAAUCUCCACGUUAGCAAUAUAAUGGUAGUACAUUCAACAUAAUUCACCGUUUAAAGAUAAAAUCGUAAGACUUCAAACAUAAGGCCAGGGCACAAUUCCCCCCCCCCCCACCACACCCCUUUAAAAACUAACUGCCAAUUAGACUGCUAUGUCUCGUGCGUAACAAGGAGGCGCAAACAGUAUGAACCAGUAUUAUGAGUCGACACUUUUCUCUUCCCUUACAUUACUCAUUUUCUUUUUCCUCCCUUUUAUUGAGAACAAAAAAAAGUCAGGUGCGCGAGAGCAAGACAUACUUGUGUUUUCUUACCUCAAAUAUUUUGUCUUGGGAAGCCUUAGUAUUCCCUGUGCAUUUUUAUAUAUAGUUUUUUUUUUAUCCAAUACCGCUGAAGAAGGCAAGGAUCACAGUUGUUUUUUUAUUGUUCAGAAGGUCAGUAUGUGUUGACAGUGUCCAGUGAAGUACCUGUUUCCUUUGCUCCCAUGAAAUGCUCGUUGUAUAAAAAUUCUUAUUUAUGGAAGUGAAGGCCGUAUCUCUAACCCGGACCGAUCUAUAUAAUGCGACGUCAGUGCGAAUGACGUCAUCACGGCUACUGCUUGCAAAGAAAACAAAAGACUAGUGGUUGACAGACACGCCUGAUAUAGACAGUGCAAAAAAAAGUGUCACGGAAAUAAAGGUGCCAUGGGCGUUGAAACGAAGUGAUGCAGUGAGAAAAGAGUGUUUGUAAAACAUGUCUCAUAGCGAGUAGAUGUGAAUGUCAUGUUGAUAGUCGGAGAAAACUAUAGCUACAGAAUGAGGUCAGAUGGAGAAUGGAGGAUCGUCAAGACCCAAACCUCGUCUUCGACUACCGCAAACGAAGACUUAUUUUACAAAAAAAAAUAUUAUCAAUUUAUUACCUCACUACUAUUAGAGGAACCCCUGUGUAUUGCCUGGCUGACCUCGGCGCAUGCUAACCAAGGCAGGCGGACGCGCGGCUUGCCCUCGGCCUCGCUAGCCAGGGAGCGACGAGGCCAGCCAGGCAGUCGUCUCCCGUUUCCUUGCCCUCCGCCGCGACCCUCCGCCUGGGGCUUCUCCGGCGGCCAGGAGGGCUGGUGUGUCGAGGGCGUGUACAGUCCAGCGUGUAGGACCAGGUUUUCUCGGGGGGUACGUCGCCAGGGUCACCACCAGCUGUGGCAUCACCAGCUGUGUCACCUCUAGUUGGGUCAUAUUCCCAGUUUAUGCGUUUGCCACACAAGAAAUUCCCGAGUUAAUGGAUGCCUUAAGGUUGAACUAGCGUCAGCAUGAAUCAAACAUAUUUUGGGCUAUUUUAGUGGCAUAAAAACGAGGAAUAUGGACCACAGAUGACUAGAUUUUUAUAUUUGUAUUGUAAAAGCCAGGGAUAUAUUUGUAUGAGUGUCUUAGGUUUUGUGUGUUUGUAAUAAUGAUAAUGUUUUUAUUAGUCUUGUCCUGGGAAAUGUAAAAAAUCUAUAUAUAUGUUCGACAGAUGCCAAAUUACAGAUGUGUAUGUGUGAUGUGCAUAAGUUUUCUUGUAUAGACCUUUUUUUCUUUUAUCUCACUCAGAUGUGCUAGUUUAUUUUUGUAACGGCUUUUUUUGGUCGGUAAAAGUAUUUAUCUUGCCAGUUUGUCAGCGGGAGACGCCGUCAGGAAGCGGCGCUGUCCCUGCCACGUAGAAGAGGUUCACACUCAGGACUAAGCUAUUUGUUAAGCUCGAGCGCUGCUUUCUCUCUCCUGUAGAAUGUAUAGAUAUCUUAUUACGCGACGAAUGUGAAACCUGCAUCGACAUCUGUAUUUGUAAUAUUGUUAUUAUCCUCGUAGUGCAAAUCUAGUGUAGUUCCCGAUAUUUGGUGUAGAAGAAAACGUUUCUGCAGGAGAAUAGGAAGCUGUCGCUACCCCAACGAACCUGGCGUGUACUAAGAGAUUUUUGAGCCCGAUUGAGCCUGGUGUUGUACAGUGUAUAAUAUUAUUUGUAUUUUAUUGUAGAGACAACUUUUCUAGAACGAAUCAAUGUAAAGAAAUCUCAAAUAAAAACAAGAACAAUAA